CGCUUUUCUCACAUGUGCAAGCCGCUUCACGUUCAUUCUCAAGAGAAAAUACCCAACUAGCUUCGCUACUGAAGCGCCGGGGAAGAUUUUUGAGUACUGGUAAACCCUCGAGAUUGAAAACAAGAAGAAUAGCCUGUAUUUCAUCAACUACUGGCGGAAAUAACUCAGACUUGGGGCUAGCAUUAGAGUCACGGUAUUAGGGAGUCAAUUGUAAGAUCUCUCUACCCAGACUUCUAUGAAAACUCUUUCGGGGAACGAGUCUCUCGGGCGAAUUUUGCUCUCACUCAGAUUCAAUGGCUUCCCUACCUUAUCCAGCUCCACCAGGCGCAAAUGGCGUUCUUGGCUCAACCGAACCAUUACCCAUGACACCACAGGAGAUAACGGCAGAAUGGUGUACUAAGAUACUGAACCACAAAGUCAAGAGGAUAACCAUCGUCAAGGAAAUACAUUCAACGGCCAGCAGCAUAUUGAUCGACCUGACUUACGAGGGCAACCAUAACUCUGACGAAGUACCGACCCAUAUUUGCAUCAAAGGCGGCUUUAAUAAGCCCCUAAUCGAACUUCAUCCAAACCUAUUAUGGACCUAUCGUCGCGAAGCAGAGUUCUACUUCUAUAUCGGCCCAAUUGUCGAGAUGAAUCUGCCCAAGAUCUGGUAUUGCGGCACAGACGUGGUUGCCGGGCAAGGCCUUGUCGUCAUGGAUAACCUGGCCGCCCAAGACCGUAGCUUUGGUGAGCCUUCGCAGCCGUGGCCGGUCGCGAGGGUCCGCGCGGCAGUCGAGCAACUUGCGAUAUUGCAUGCGAAGACAUGGGGUGCUAAGGAGGAGAACUUCCCCUGGAUGGCGGCUGAUAAGGAGAUGGGAGGGAACCCGCUCCAAGCAAUGGUGUCUUCGUUAUUAACAGCAGAAGCGUGGGAUGCACGAUUCAAAGACGCGCCCGCGCCGCCUUUGCCAGAAGCGAUUGCCGAUCGCGAGAGCUUUGAAAGGGUGUUCAAAAUUAUGUGGGCAACUGAAAAUCCCAAGCUGAGGUGUGUCGUUCACGGUGACUCGCACAUCGGAAAUACAUUCAUUACAGCCGACGGUCAGCCCGGUUUUAUUGACUGGCAAGGCUCUUACGCCGGCGUCAACGUGCAAGAUUUGGCGUAUUUCUUAAUCGGCGUGCUAACCAUCGAAGAGCGUCGCAAGCACGAAGUUGAUAUAAUUCAGCACUACCUUCAAGCACUACACCAGAACGGCGGCCCCAAGUUUGAAAAAGACGAUAUCUGGCAUGAUUACCGGAAACACGCGUUGCAUGGGGUGGGGUGGGCCCUCGCAGCGCCGGGGAUGCAAUCGGAUGAAAAUGUUUUCAUUAUGGUGGAACGCCAUGUCGCUGCUGUGUCAGAUCACGGAACUAUUGAGCUGCUAGAAUCGCUGCCAGAGUAUAGGUUCUGAUAGUGUUGAUAGAUGGAUACGGCGUCAGGGGUAGUAAAGUCGUCAACGCUGACGAUGACGAGGAGCUAGACUAAGACAAGUUUAUUCAUGUGGGGGAAAGAAUAAGAAACGCUGAACGGAAAAUUCG